AUGGCAAUACUCGGCGUUGUGGUCAUCGCUAUCAUCAUCGUGGCCGCUCCUAGCAGUACUGGUGAAGCCAAGAGAAACGAUAAGAAGAAGAAUUGCGUUUCAUAUGUUAUCUACUCGGAGUUCUGGUUUAAUAUAGUUAUGAAAACUGGUGGGGUGAAUGCAGCGUUAUCCGUUGGUGAUAUGAGUGCCGUCGCAUUCGCGUUUGACGAGGCUUUCUUCUACGCCCUACUACUCAUCGUUGGCGGGGCCAUCGGUUUCGUCCAAGCCAAGAGCAAGCCAUCUCUGAUCGCCGGUACCCUCUCUGGUGUGCUGGUGUUUGCUGCAGCGGAACUUGGCUCUUCCUAUGAUAAUCUAACAGGCCUAUUCUGUCUGGCUGCCAUCGCGCUGAUACUCACUGUAUUUUUCUAUUCAAGGUACGUGAAAACCCGCAAGUUCAUGCCUGCUGGCCUCAUGUGCGUCAUUAGUGCAUUGAGUUUUUGUGUAUACUUCUAUGCCGUAGUCGUAUGA